GAGAAACCAAGAGGAGAAACUAGUGCGGAAAAACCUUUGAGUUGGUAGCACUUCAGUUCUGAGUUAUGCUACCAAAUGUUGUCGCAAAUGGGGACUUUCCUGCAAUGCUUGCGACAAAAGCGCAGUUUACGCGAAUAUGCAAUUAGUCUGCAAGGGAAUAAUUAGCUUCAAUAAAUAAAGUAAUUCAUUUUCAGCCGUAAUAUCCUGCUCUGCUUUGUUUAAUCUGAAGAUCUUGGGUUUUAUUGAUUCGAGAGAUACGGUACCGACAUGUGACUGCCGUUACCGUUGCCGGGUGGUGUGCUGAACGGACGGAUACCUGAGAGCGCGGCCCGGCGGCCGACCGUCGGCAGCCAUGGGCUGUCCGCGCUCUCGGCGUCAGCUGGCCUUCUGCUUGGCCAUGCUGCUGCUGCCCUUCUCGCUGAUCGUGCUGCUCAACCAGCCAGAUCCUUCGGACUGUACCGGCAGGGGUCUUCCGUCAGGGAGUGAUAAAACAGUGGACACCCGGCUGGAACGGACGCUGGUUCAGCAGCUGGCGGAGCUGCGCCAGCGCGUGCAGCACGCCGAAAUGACCAACAGGGAGCGGCGGAAAGACGUGAUGGUGCUCAACAGACAGCUGGACACCUACGGCGCCGCCGCUGUGAAAGCGCCGUCCCAGCAGCAGCAGCGGCAGCAGGAGGAGGGACCUCCAGUGCUACCUCCGUCGCAGCAGCAGCUGGCGCAGCUCGCGCCGCCACAUGAGCUGAACGACACGACGACCCCGCGAGGUCGGACGGUGCCCGGAGCGCUGCCAGCAGCUGUUUCCGGGGUGCCGCUCACUCAUCUGCAGGAGAUCAACAGCGAUAUGGAGGUGCCCGGUCUUCUCACCUACCUACCGCACCUGCUGGGCCGGCCCGACGCGCUGACACCGGCGCUACACGUCAGUCAGGGUCGGCGGGACGUGACUGUGGUCAUGGGACUGCCCACAGUCAAACGUGAGGUGCAAAACUACCUCAUAUCGACACUGAAAAACCUCAUCGACUCUAUGUCUGAGUCGGAGAGGCUGGAGACGCUCAUUGUUGUCUUCAUUGCCGAGACGGAUGCGGAGUACUGCAGCCGGACGGCACAGGAAAUCCAGGACAAGUUUCCGGCCGAGGUAAAGUCGGGUCUGGUGGACAUCAUCUCCCCGUCUGCCGAGUACUACCCGCCCCGGGACUCUCUGCGCCGCACACUGGACGAUCCGCUGGAGCGCGUCCAGUGGCGCACCAAGCAGAACCUCGACUUCGCCUUCCUGAUGAUGUACUGCCGGCCGCGCGGCGUGUUUUACGUCCAGUUGGAGGAUGACAUCAUGACCAAACCCGGUUAUGUAACAAAAAUGAAGGAAUUCGCUCUUCAAAAGAUCUCAGAAAAGAAAGACUGGCUUCUUCUGGACUUCUGUCAACUUGGUUUUAUUGGGAAACUAUUCAAGACCGUGGACCUGUUGCCUCUUAUUCAUUUUCUGGUGAUGUUCAACAACGACAAGCCCUCAGACUGGCUGCUGCUUAACCUCGUGCACACCAAGGUGUGCCGCUUCGACAAAAGUGCUAAGAAAUGUAAGGAGGAAAAGGACAAGGUUUGGCUGCAUUACAAACCGUCGCUGUUCCAGCACAUUGGUACCCACUCGUCGCUCAAGGGCAAGGUGCAGAAGCUAAAGGACAAGCAGUUUGGAAAGGUGAAGAUGUUCAAGGCGCAUAGCAACCCGCCGGCCAGGGUGGUCUGUGACAUAAAGCCACACAAGCAGUAUACUCUGGAGAGGGCGUACCGGGGAGAGACGUACUUCUGGGGACUGUUACCGCAGCCCGGGGACCACCUGGAGUUUCACCUCACGCCGCCGGUUACACUCACCGGCUUCAUGUUUCAGAGUGGCAAUGUGGAGCACCCCUCUGAUCGCUUCUACAACACCACUGUUGAGAUUGUGCCGGCGUUAGCCGACCACGAGCUACUUAAGCGGUACAAAACUACUUCAGACGGAUACGCAAUAAUUGGUCAGUUUGACGACCAGGGGGUGGCGGCCGGCUCGCUGGAUCCCACGUGGGGGCCGAUCCGCUCUCUGAGGCUCGCCGUCCAGGCAGAGAGCGACAACUGGGUCAUACUUAGUGAGAUUCACCUGAAGAGGAGCUAGUGACGCUGGAGCUCGGCGGAGCCGCCAACCCUCUGCUCAACUGCGCCAGCCGCCCCGCGCCGCGCCGCUCGAACAGUGCCUCGCGCGGCAGUGACGGUAUCGGGGACGGUGCGGAACCAGUGAUAGUGACUGCGUCCAAGGGCCGUCCCGGCGAGCCCAGUGAAUACACGUGCCUAUAGACGGGACGGGUGGGGGCAGUUCAGUACCUGCGGUGAGAGAAUACGUACCGGCCACACACCCGCGCGCGUUGUUGAGUGUUCGCCAGUUUAUUGGAAACGUUCUAACUAGUCGUUGGUUAACAGUACGAAGUAUUUAAGACUGCAAUAGACUCUAUAAUAUGGGAGAUGGAUAAAUGGUUUGUGGAACCAUUAGCAUAUUGGUUGUUCCAUCCGCCUGUUUACUUUUAUCUCGCCGUUGACAUGAGUGAAAGGUGGUGCGUUUUUACGUAGCUAGAUCCGCUUAAUGGAGGCGCUGUCUAUUCGUGAGCCGCUUUAUAAAAGCCAGUGUACGUCAGUGCGACAAUAACCGUCUCACCAAAACGAAGCUGCGCGUCUGUUGUCUGGGGUCCGAGUUUCCGCGAAUGUCUGAGAGCUUACGUGUGACUGUGCCUGCCUGUUGCGGCCGGUAGGUGUGUUGGGCGUCUGUGGUGGCAGGAUACUGCCGCUGUCUUGAUCCAAUCAUUCCUCAGUGUCCCGCAGCAAAGCCAACAGCGAAAUCAUUCCUACGGUGCGGCGCGCGAGUCUUUCCUUCGUACUUAGUGACGCGAGGAUGUGAAAGGUGCAGCUGCUGUUGGGUGUUGCUGCGCUGUAUGAGGCUAACAAUUACGAUGGUUGUUGCGUGUUGGAGUGGUGCGCGUAGUUGGUUGUCUGGUGGCGUUAGCGUCGGUUCCGCCGAGUGCCAUAGUGUCCAGGGGUGUCUCGUCCAGGGGGAGGUAGGCCCGGCUCACGCCACCCGUAUGUGCCUCGAAUACAGCUGCCCAGUUCUUGUUACUGUC